AUGGCAAUUCCCAGAAUACCAGCACAGGAAGCUCUUCGGGAAUUCCCAGUGCCAAACCCUAUUGGCUCAUACUCGGAUAUAAUGAAAGGAAGCGUUGAUCCAACGAUCUCACAGCCUCCUCAAUGUCUAAUUCCAGAAUCACUAUCGAAGCUCUUUCCUAUUGACGUCUCCAUUGUCUACAGAGAGCUGAGGCAAGUUGCAGAAUAA